GGUAUUUAUUAAAAAAGAAAAAUGGAAAACAAAAUCUCUUCGCCUCCUUCUCCCUCUUCCUCGGGCAGCGGGUAUCCCGCCGAGCCGCGGAGGAGGAGGGGGCUCCCUUCCCCACCUCUAACCGUGUGCGCCUUCCCUUCCCAGGCAGGGAAACUUGUGCAGGCGGGCGGCCCCGGCGCCGGUACCGGCGGAGGACUGGAGCCUCCGGAAGCAAAGUUCUGUGACACUCCGACUCUGGGUACGAUAGCAGUCAGUGCACUACAGAACUUUGUCUCCGGCGGCGGCGGCGGCCCCGGAGCCUCAGGUGGACACGUCACUGCGGGGAUGGCGAGCCCGGGCGCUGCCGAGCGCCGAAACCUGCGCUGCAGCCUCGGAAUAAAGUCUGUGCUGUUGUGGCCUCCCGCUCUCAAGUUUUGUUGAGUGUCCUUUUUUUCUUUUCCUGGGUAAAAAUAGCGCAACAUCUGGGUACUGAGGGUUAUUUCAGUGCAGUCAGGCCGGCCUGGCUGCCUCUGCAUAAAUGUGAAACUAAGUGGUGCUCGGUGCAGCUGAGCCGGUGGUGGGUAUGUGAACGUGCUCGAUGCUGUGCCUGACUCUGCUUUCUUUUAAGUGUGUAAUAGAAUAUGGCAGCUUAACUGGGGGCUUGAGUUUGAUAAAAGGCUCCGUGCUUCUAGCAAAAAUCUAUGCCACCGAGCCCUGCUGUAACACAAUGCAGUAAGUGUGCUAAUUCAGGGUUUAGGCCUUGCCUCUGGUACUGGGCUGUUUUUCUCUUUAGGAAUCUCAGACUUCCAACUUGAGUAAUGGCUACAACUUCAAGCCUCUGAAUAUUCAAGGAUCACAAGGUUUGUUGUGAGUGAGUACUGCAAGGCUUCAUCCUCACUGAUAGUGGGGGGGAAAGCUUUGGAAGGAAAAGUGACAGUUGUAUUUAUUAGUGCAGUUGCAAGGUUUUAUAAUGUAAACUUAUUUGACACCUGAACAAUACUUACUUGGACAGUGGCUUUAAGGGCUGAGAAAGGAAGGGCCAAGCUGAACUUUCUUCGGUUCAAGUUGACACCUGGCAACGGUACAGUAGCUGGCCUGCCUUUCUUCAGAAAUCUUGCAGAGUUUCUUGAUGUGUAAACUAAGCUGUGGAGUUCUUGUGAGGUGGAUGUAAUCAGCUGAUGUGCUUUCAUCAUAGUGAGAGUAAUAGGAAAAAACAUAUUGCUAGAGGCCAGAUGAAGGAAGGUAUGACAAUUUAUUUAAAGAUCAGUAUGUGCUGUAGAGUAUGUUAAUAAUGUAUUUUACAGAUGCUGCAUUGUACAGCAGAUACGUUGCUUUUAUUUUUUUACUUUUAUGUAUAUACACACACAUAAAUGUGUGCGUAUACGUUAUAUAUGUUAGAGGUCUCCUAUGCUGUUGGAUUCUUCUAGCUGAUCAUCCCCCUUGGGCUCACUAGAAACCUGAAUCAACUUUUCCUUUCUGCCAGUCUGAAUGUGGAAGGUACAGCAAGAUUAUACGGUUCAUGGAAUUGGGCUGGAAACUGGAAUGCUAUUCUAAGUACAUGCUUUUUUAGCUCAAAACGUUUAAUCAAAGGGUAGGUAAAGUGAGGAGCACUUUACUGUAUGGCAGCCCAUGUGACCAGCUAGGGCUAUAUUUGGAUGCUGGAGGUUUAAGGAAUCCUUUUUGCUAACCAUUUUUGGCCAAUUGCCUGCUGCUUUAUGUUAUGCAGUGUGACGUCUGCUAAAAAGGAC